AUGGAAACCAGUACCUUCAGAUAUACAGAAUUAGAUUUCGUCUAUCAAAUUCCUCCUCGGUCUCAUCAGCAACGUCCACAGCUUAGCAAGUUUGACCGUGAACUCUGCAAGCGAUGGGAUGAAGCCAUGGCUGCCGGAGUCUUUCGUUACCGCAUUGAUCAUAUACUUACCAGAACCAUACCAGGGCGCAGACAAUAUUUAGCGCAGUUGAACACUCUAAGGGCUACAGAAAAAAGGAAAGGCCAGGAAUUCACUAAGGUCAGCCAGCCCUUCAAUGAUGCUGUGUUCAACUUUUCCUGGGUCGGACCAGAGGAGGUCAUCUUCAAUCUGGAGAACCGGUCAUUCAGUGGAGAGGAGAUUCUCAGGUCAGGUGACUGUCAAAGGGAAGCAACAACGGAGAGACACACCCUGAUUGUCAAUGUCAGUCCGGUAGAGUAUGGCCACUGUCUCCUGGUGCCUGAGAUCGAUUCUCACAGACCACAGGUACUCACAGAAACAUCACUUCGAGUCGCCAUUGAGACAAUGCUGUUGAGUCAACACAGGGGCUUGCGGAUGGGCUUCAACAGUUUGUGUGGGCUUGCUUCUGUCAAUCAUUUGCACUUCCAUCUCUACUACCUGGAUCAUAAACUCUUGGUUGAAAACAUUCCUGUCUUACCUCUGGCUGGGAGAUAUUUUGAGUUGGCCGAUCACCCAUGCCCAGGUUUUGCCCUACAACUUCAUGGAUCAACAUUGGAUGACUUGGCCAGGGAGACCUAUGCAAUCAGCUCACACUUGAAUCAGAAUGACAUCGCUCACAACUUGUUCAUGACUCGGGGCAGUGUUUUUGGCGAGGAGGACAACAACACACAGACAACCAUCAGACUGUUUAUAUGGCCAAGAAAGAAGUUUACAUCUUCUGAAACAACUAGCACAGAUUUGGUGCCCCCUGAAGAAUUUAAUGUUGCUUGUAUAGAGCUGCCUGGCCACUUAGCUGUAAAAG